AUGCCAACCUUCGAUCCCGAACUCGCCGCCCUCAUGCCGCCUCCUCCUCCUCUCAGCGACAGGCCGGCACACAGGCUGACCAUCGCUGAGACGCGUGCACAUUUUGACCACCAUGUGGCUGGGCCGUUUAGAGCAUAUCUGGAGCCGCUCCUCCCUUCCGAAUCUACGUACACGCUGCGGGACGAGACCGUGGCGGUGGAGGACGGCGAGAUCAUCGUCCGAAAUGUCGUCCCCGUUGUGGAGGAUGAGCGCGAGACGUUCCCGGUUCUCGUUAAUAUCCAUGGAGGGGGCUGGAGUGUAGGAAGCAUCGGGCUCGACGACUACUUCCUGCGCAAGCUGAGCGUAGACCUCAAGCUCAUCACUGUGAAUGUCCAGUAUCGGCUUGCUCCGGAGCACCCCUUCCCGACCGCGGUCGACGACUGUCUCGCGGCGCUCAAAUGGGUUGUUCAAAACACCCCUCUUCUGAAGGCGGAUCUCACUAAGGGCUUUCUUGUCAGCGGGCAGUCCGCUGGGGCGAACCUUGCCGCAGCGCUCGCGCAUGAGACGCGCGACGACCCUUUCUUCGCUGGUCCCGGGCGGCAGAUCACCGGACAAGUCAUCCGUGAGCCCCUCGUCAUCCACCCGGAUGCUUAUCCUGAGGAUUUAAAGCCCUCGCUACUCUCGAUGGAAGGGAAUAAGUACAUGCCCCCGCUACCGCGGUCCGUCAUUGAGCUUCUCAUUGGCUACUACAACCCUCCACCUACCAACCCGCGCUUCUCCCCGCUAUUGUACCCUUCGCACGCUGGGGUCGCGCGCGCGUUCGUGCAGGGCAUGGAGCUCGACCCGCUGCGCGACGACGCACGCGCGUACGCGGCCGCCUUAGAGGCUGCGGGCGUCGCCGUGCGCCACCUCGAAUAUCCGGGCGUGUCGCAGGGGUUCUACUAUAUCUACCCAGCGAUCAAGAUCGCGGCGAAGGUGCGCGAGGAACUCGUAGAGGGUAUUCAGUGGUUGCUCGGGCAGGAGGCAUAG